AUGGCGAACGAUGAUAUAGUUUGGAAUACCGACUCCACCAAUGCUUUAAAAAUAUACAAAUAUAUAACUUGGACAAUUGGCACGUGGCCGCUACAGGAUGAAGGAAUAUUUGCGAUGAUUCGUUUUGGCAUAUCCUUCGUUUUAGAGUUCGGUACAUUAGUUUCCGUUCUGAUGGAAGUCCAAUUGAAUUGCGGGAACACCGAUGAGACUCUUGAUUUUCUUGGAGCUGCAGCAUCAACGUUCUCUGGUUUAAUGAAAUUAAUAUUCAUCAAGUUACAUCGAACGGAUUUACAGAGAAUUAUCUUGUCCGCGCUGAAGGAUUGGUCCUCGAUCAUUGCUAUUUCUUCGGUGAAGGAGAUAAUGUUAAAGUAUACGGAACGAGGCAAGUUGGUAUGCCGCGUACAAAUGGGCUUUGCAUUGAUCAUAAUUUCAGCAAUGAUAUUAGAUGCUUUACCAAAAUUAGACUUAUCUCAGUCGGAUAGUGGCACUUUGAACGAAGAUAUCCUUAAACGGAUACCUUUAAGGACAAUGUGUCUUUUUGGCAACAUAUCAACAUCAACUUAUUGGACAGUCUUCAUUUUACAGACGAUCCAGAUGUUGAAUGCUGUUUUCGUCGACACUGGAAAUGACGUAUUUUUCUUUGGAAUUGCUAUGCAUAUUUGUGGUCAGUUCGAUUCACUCAAAAUAUUUCAUAACGAAUUUAAAAUGUUGGAUGAAGAGAAUCGUGUUCAUAAAAUCAAGGAAUUCAUUGAGAGGCACUCGCAUCUGUUGAAUCUUGCAAGACUACUCGAGAAUACCUAUAAUAAUAUUCUUUUGGUAAUUCUAAUGACAAGUGGAUUGCACAUUUGUUUAGCAGGGAUACAAAUCAUGUUGUUAUAUAAACAAAACGAUAUAGUUCCUCUUGUCAAAGCUGUCGUUGCGUUUAUCAUCAUUUUAGGACAACUUUUUCUAUAUAGUUACGUCGGGAAUUAUCUUUCAUCAUUAUCCCAAGAAAUUUGCCAAGUGAUUUCUAAUUGUCCUUGGUAUGAAUUACCACCGAGUAUCGUUCGAAAUUUUGUGUUUAUAAUUAUGAGAACACACGUACCAUUGCUUCUCACGGCUGGAAGAUUCUAUCCUAUGGACAUGACGGGUUUUAAGAACAUUUUAAAGGCUUCUUUUUCAUAUUUUUCUGUUUUACGAAUCGCAUUCGAAGAGUGA